ACCCAGAAAUGUUAUAUUCUCUAUAAUGCAAUGGGUAAAGUGAUUGAUUACGUAAUACAGUUGUGUCAGUUUGAGUCUGCAGGGGAACAAAGUCGAUCUGUUGAUGUUUGACCUGUCUUAAGGGGGGGGGCGUGGUUAUGUAGGGGUUGGUAGGGGGUGUUGUUUAUAUAAGCUCAGUGCUGAUGACCAUCUACGCUCAAUGUGUGUGAGCGGAGUAGAAUGAUGGAUUUGCAGAGUGUAUGUGUGCUGCUGGUGCUGCUGGUGUCUGCUGACGCUCACACAGCACCCCCUGCUGGCCUGGAAGAGAUCCACAAUGAACUACAGCAGCUCCGGAACAUCACUCAAGAGCAGGCUAUGGAGCUGACCGCUCUGAGAAGCAGACUGGAUUGUGCAGAACAGCAGCUGAAGGCUCAGAGAGAGGCUCCUAAAGUGGCGUUUGCUGUGUCUCUAGGCAGCAACGGACUCGUCUCCACCAAAAACUCACACCAAAAACUCAUCUAUAAAGAUGUCCUGACCAACGUCGGCAACGCCUACAGUCCAGAGACAGGUGUGUUUAAAGCCCCGGUGCGGGGUGUGUAUUUUAUCCGCUACACCGCCACAGCGCCCACCGAAGGCCUGAUGAGCGCGGUGCUGUAUAAGAACGGCGAAGUCCAGCUGACGGUGCACGAGCCGCCGGCCGGACCAGGCAGCGACACUGCAUCCAACGGCGCCGCCCUGCUGUUAGAGCAGGGAGACGAGCUCUACAUGCAGCUGUUGCCGAACUCACACCUGUGGGACAACGCCAGCCACCACAGCACCUUCAGUGGCUUCCUGCUCUACACCAUGUGACCCCAAUGAAUUCUGGGAUGUGGAGUCCAUGCUCUCCUGAUCCAUCAGCUCAUUAAACAGCUCUAAGUUCAUGUUCAGAUCUGAUCUUUCUGCCUUUACAGAUCCAGAUGUGUCAUUCAUGUGAACAUUCUCCCCGAAAACACACAUACAGGCCUGCGAGGACCCAUCAGGCCCUUAUUAAUAACGCCGGUUAGAAUCUCUAUGGAGAAAAUGAACAGUGUUUCAGAAAGUCUCCACCUUCUCACCCUGCAAAGCAAAACCUGAUACAAUCUGUCCUACAUAUAGUUUCUCCUUCUUAUGAGGCCUUUAAACAGUCAAAAUACAAACACUGCUGCAUAAACAGUGGGGUCUAAAGUCUGACAGCGCUGGUGAAAAUGCUUUUAAUUGCACUAUGUUGUAACCUAAUACAAAUAUCUACAUUACACAUAAUAUUAUCAGCAUAAUAAUUUAAAUUAAAAGUAAAAUCUUUAAAAUUUAAUAUGAAUUUCAGAACUGUGUCUGUCUGUCUGCCCUGCGAUGGACUGGCGACCUGUUCAGGGUGUAUCCUGCCUCCCGCCCGAUGACUGCUGGGAUAGGCAAAAUUCAUACUAAUAUUUAAAGGUGUUACUUUUAAUUUAAAUUAUUAUGCUGAUAAUACAAGUUGUAAUGGAAAUCUGUGUAUUACGUUAGAACAUAAUGCACAUUAAAAGCUGUGUAACAUGGGAUAUGAUGGACAUGAGAUUGGGGGAUGCGAGUGGUUUCACACAGCAGCAAAACAAUCAAAUCUGUGAUGGAAUCAGGAAAAAAAAAAAAACAUAAAAUGUAGGUUUAUCCUGGUUACGUACAGCAUGCUGCAUUCUUCAAAACCAAGAUUCUCCAUGAUAAAAAAACUAUUUUUCCCCAUUUUCUUUAAUAAAAGAGUUUAGCAUAGCAUGUAAACAAUACGCUAAAUGUUCGAACUCCUCAGUACAGACAGUCCAUAUACAGGAGCUAAACUGCAAGCACAGCUUGUUUUUAAUUCAUUUUUUCUGUGAUGUCAUGAGAACCAACUCAUUUACCUAGGUAGCCUACAGCAGUUUAGCCCCGCCCACUCACACUGAUUCGUUUCCAUAUACCAGUCUUAA